AUGUCCGUGGAUCGCGCCGAACCCAUCAUGCAACAAAACCUGCCGACUACAUCGUCGAGUUGUACGCCAUUCGCCACAGCUCAUCCGAUUUCACCGCCGUUGAUUACUGCCACGCGUGGAACCUACACUUGUUAUAUUGAAUUCCCAGAUAUUGUUGAAGACUUUUCACGGGCAUGGAAACCUUUGGCCUCAAUCAUUCCUCACUUCCUGUCACUUUCUAGGCUAUGGAAAGACUAUCGUCUUAUCAGAUUUUGCUCGAAUGCAUGUGUUCGACAAGAAUUUACAAGCCCAAAUACCGUUCUGAAGUUUGCUCAACCGACGGAGCUGCCCAGAGCCCUGAUCCGUCACGAAAUCAACCUUUUGCCCCAAAUUCGAGAGUAACACCUACCAGUUGUUACGACAGGUGAAGCAAUAAUGGACAAGCAAACAAUUGUUGGCUACAGAAUGGGAAGUCUGACGUCGCUUGCACCGCACGACUUGAGAGGAGUGGAAGGAAUUGCAAGAAUUGAUUUGCAAAUUGCACAACGCUGGCUUCUGCCAUGGCAACCUCUCCG